AUGCCUCUCACCAUGCACAGUAGUCCACACUACAAAUUCUUUGUAUCUGGUAUCGCGAGGCACGUAAGUGGCGAUGUCGUAGAAGCCUAUUUCCGAGGCUACGGAAGCGGCGUCCGUCUGCAACUCAUGCGCGACAAAGACGGGUUGUCUCUUGGCUACGGCUGGUUAACAUUUGAGAGUGUUGAUGUCGAGCGCGUUGUCGCCUCGCAGCACGAACUAGGCGGGUCCCCGGUAAUGCUCAGGUAUCAGCCGGGUAAAAAAUCGCCGAAAUCCCAACCUGCCGCUUCUCCCCCGCCGCCACCACCGUCACAACCAAUCAACGUACCAACGCAGCAAGGAAGGUCGCAGGAAUACUUCCCGAAACAUAAAAGAUAUAGAGAAGAAACCUUCAGACCACAGGUGCACACUGCUUCUCGAACCGCGCAAAUCCAAACAGAAAUUAUGCCGCCGAAGCCGCAAACGCUUCCUGGACCGCAAUCACUCCCGAAAGAGUCACGGCAGCCGGAGACGGAACCCUCUCCUACACCGAUGCCGCAGACUGUACCUUUGCAGCAUCAGUUCUCGUCCUCUCCACAAGAGCCCGUUGCACAACCGGUUUUUGCUUGCAUUCCACUGAGUAUUUGUCCCGGUGCAUUUUUGCACGAUCCACGGGUCUUCUGCUGCACGCUGGAUCCCUCGCAGGUAGGUAAGCUCAGUAUAUUAGUGACACCGACGCCACACGCCGCCUUACCGAAUCAUCACGCUGAGCAAGCAGCGUACGUCGUACCAGGUAUUCCUCAGCAGCAGCAUUCCACUUACGCAAGUGUAAACAGUAAACGCGUAUCACCACAGACUCCUUUAUCGAUGCCACCGUUAUCUUCAGGCCCAGCACCGUCACCACCACCGCCGCCGGGACCACCACCUCCACAUCUAACUGCACCCUUUCGCGAAACGGUUCCACCACCACCGGGACCACCACCUCCGCCACCGCCUCCUGGACCACCUCCUACCAAAAGUUGCUCAUCCGGAAUUCCUCUUCGAUUUCCACCACCACCUGGCCCGCCUCCGCGGCGUUACUGA